GCCUUCCCGGCCCAGCCCCUGCUCUCUCCCACUGAACUGCGGGACCCAGCGGAGCGGGCCAGGCUAGGCUGGCGACGCUGCCCGCCCCCGGGCUGGCAAGGGCCGCGGGUGUCGGGCUCGGGGCUCCUGCAGCUGCCGAUGGGAAGCGGCGCUCGAAAGGGUGAGAGACGACUCUGCGGACACCAUGGGGAACAAGCAGACCAUCUUCACUGAAGAGCAGCUGGACAACUACCAGAGGCAGCACGGAAACCCCAGCUGUUGUGCAAAUACUGUGGGCAUCCUCUUUGGCCCACCUCAGUGUGCCAUCCAGCCGGCCUGGUGUCAGCAGCUCCAUGUCUUCCAGAGCCAGCCCGGCUGCGGGACUGUACUUUCUUCAAUAAGAAGGACAUCCUCAAGCUUCAUGCACGGUUCUAUGAGCUGGCCCCCAACCUUGUCCCGAUGGACUACAGGAAGAGUCCUAUCGUCCACGUGCCCAUGAGCCUCAUCAUCCAGAUGCCGGAGCUCCGGGAGAAUCCCUUCAAGGAGAGGAUUGUGGAAGCUUUCUCUGAGGAUGGUGAGGGGAACCUCACCUUCAAUGACUUUGUGGACAUGUUCUCUGUGCUCUGUGAAUCGGCGCCUCGAGAGCUCAAGGCAAACUAUGCCUUCAAGAUCUAUGACUUCAACACUGACAACUUCAUCUGUAAAGAAGACCUGGAGCUGACACUGGCCAAGCUCACCAAGUCAGAGCUGGAUGAGGACGAGGUGGUCCUUGUGUGUGACAAAGUCAUCGAGGAGGCUGACCUGGACGGGGACGGCAAGCUGGGCUUCGCUGACUUUGAGGACAUGAUCGCCAAGGCCCCUGAUUUCCUCAGCACUUUCCACAUCCGAAUCUGAGGACCCUGCCAAGGCUGCAGGGGCGCCUAGAACGCAGUCCUCCAGCCUGCUGUCAGUGCAGGUAUGGUUUCUCCAGUGCUCCAGGAAAGGAGCAGUGGCCUCUGGGAUUCUCACCCGUGGACAUUUCCUGUGGCCCUUUCAGCAAAAAAGAACAAAUAAAACACUUCAGAGCAAUGGGGGAAAAAAGAGCAACAGAUGGAUUGUGAAGAGCAGGACCCUCCCUAGGGCCUCGGUGGCCCACCCUCAGUACCCCGUGGACCCUCUCAGCCACGUCCUUGCCCAGUCCUUAUCUCACACAGCAUUGUCCCCCUAGGAGGGGAAGGUGGAAAACCUAGCAGGAGGGAUGGGGCUGAAUGAGCCACUUGCUGGGCAGACACGCCAGUCCCCCAGGGCUAAGUGCAAAAAAACCCCAAACCAAACCAAAAACAGAGACUGGUUUAACAAGCUAUGCAAUCUUUUACCAAAGCCACGGCUGGGCUACACCCACCCCAACCCCAUACUUUCCCAAAGUGAAGCUGUAUCAGCAGUGGGUCCAAAGGGCUCUGCCCCAUGUCUGGACACUACCCUGCUCACCCCCUGGAUGACAUGGUGUCACUGGUGUGUGCUGACCUCAGAUUUGUGAAUUCCUAGAAAUAAAACACUUUGGUGUCCUGCG